AUGUCUUACGCCGAGCACGGACCCCGGAUUUUUCUGACGGGUAGACCAGGCAAUGGUGUACCUUUGUCUUACGGGGAUUACGUCCUACCGAGGAGAAGAUCGGAGGGUCGUUUGAAGCUCUACAAUUCGUGCACAGACACCCGAGCGUGGAGCCCGAAUGUCCUGGAGAACGCGCGUUACUUCCGAGAGCUCAACGAGCACGCACUCGUGCCGGGGAAACUGAUACCAUUCAGCGCGGUAAUGGAAAACAUGAUAGCACUUACGGCUCGAGCUCAGCGCGAGCUUCGCAUUGCGCGGCGAGAACUGCGGGGCUACAGAUCCUUGAAUCUCACCCCGGAGCAGCGGGGUCACCUGGAGAAUUUCGCUGAAGCUACUGUCGGUACCGAUCAGGCGGAAGAGAUGAGAAUUGAAUCUGUGAUAAGACCGCUCGCUCAGGAAGGAUUAUUCAACGCGAGCAGGAUCGCAUCCUCGCGACAUUUCGACGCUUACAUGUCGAUAUACUUUCGUCCUGACGGAUUCCGAUAUGGUAGAGACGGGUACCGUUUGCUACCAACUAAUACGCGCGUCCUGAGAAAUGAUCCGCAUGCGAAUCCACUGUCAGAAAAUAAUACUUAUCUGGUGUCGCGCUUAACGUCCUGCGAUAUGCUGACCGAGGUGAAAGCCGCGCGAGAGGGUAACGAGCAGCCGCGCGUCUGCAUCGAGUACGUCGACGCGUCUUCCCAAGCGGCGCAAGAGGUACGCGAGAUGGGUGUGCAAACGGAAGAGUGUCAGGAUAACGACGUUUACUACCAGCAGUCUAACGGCGAUUCACCCUCAAGCCGGUAUUACGAGACCAGCGAGAGCGUAUCCACGUCCGAGAGCGAGUUAGGGGUGAACUCGGAUUCUGAGGUCUGCGGGAGAAGCCAUAAGGGAGUGAUUAUCCAAAAGGAUUCGGAAAUUAUCGUCCUGAAGAACGAGCUUGGCAUGAAGGAAGACGAGCUGGAAGAGCUACGGGAACUGAACAGGCAUUUGCAAUCGUUGUUGAAAGAGAAGAACGAGGAUUCGAACUUUCUGAGGCGUAACGUUAAUACCUUGCAAGAAAAGUUGAAAAUAGUGAGCGACAGGCGUGACAGCGAAAUGGAGAAUCUAAGUGCAAAACUCUCUUCUUCCGAGUGUAUGACGGAUCAGUUGAGAGCGGAGUUAGCUCGAAAAUGUCAAGUUUGUUACGUCCAAUCGCAGGAAAUCCAGAGCCUUAGGGCGGAAGUUAAGGAAGUAGAAUUACUCUCCAUGGAAAACGAGUCGCUUACGCGGAAGGUGAAGGAAAUGGAGCAUUUAUCGAGAGAAGCGGAGAGCUGCGGUAUCGCUUUAGAGCAGAUGAAAAACGUCUGGCGAGAACGUGAUAUGCUUCAAAAGCAAUAUCACGAGCAAAGUUGCACGUUGGCGGACACAGAAGACGAAAUAAAACGACUAUUGACGUUGAUAAAGCAAAUGUCUGUUACGGCUGACACUCGUGAGAUUUCGCCCACUAAUAAUUUUUACGAUCAGGUAGAGAUGAAUGGCGUAGUGGCCGGCCUGAGAAAUGAGAUUCAGGCAAAAGACGACAAGAUCUCGCAGUGCGAGACGCAGCUAGUUUGCAUGGAGCGGGAGGUCGGUAAUCUGACUAACAUGCUGAAAAGUAGUCUGAAUAAUUUCGACGAGACUAAGAUAGCGUACGAGGGCGUUUGCGAUUACACCAAGUGCGAGCACGACACUUGCUUAGACGUGCCGAGCGCGUUGUCCGCUUUAAAAGCGUUCAUAGCCGAGUUGGAGGAGUGUAAACUAGAACGGCGUAAUCGUCUGCGGGAGAUAGAUAACUUAAGGGCUUAUGUGGCAUGUUACAGCCAAGAGACCGUCAGCGAAAUUACAAACACAGAUUUUGAUACCGGACACGGAUCGAUUCAGCCGGCUGCAGAAGAUGUUUCCACACACACCUCGAGUAACAUCGACUGUCAGUCAUCUAAAGAAUUAGUCAGCGUUCAGAUUCAAUCGGACGACGUUGACUCGACUACAACGCGUUCUGAAGAGUCGGAAAAAGUGAAGCCGAACGAAGUGAUCUCGUAUAAAGAUAUCGAUCGUGCUCUCGCGACGCAUAUCAAACGUUCCAUUGACAAAAUGUACGGGAUAUCCGCGGGUCUUCAAGGUGCCGGGGACCAUCACGUACAGAUUGUCAAAGAGUUCACCAGGCAGCAACAGGAGCUGCAAAAGAAGGACCUGGAAAUUACGGAAUUAAAGCAAAAAGUGGCGGAGCACGUGUUGCGGAGAGGCGAGGGCGACUGCGCGAUUCAGGAGCAGCUUAGGCAGAAGAUGUUGGAGAAGGAGAAGGUGUUGGAGGCCGUAAUAAGUAAAAGGGAUUCGAAGAUCGAGAGGCUGCACGAGCACCUUGCUGCACUGGAAAGCGAUAUCUUUUCUUACCGCGCCGAGUGCGACGCGUUGAAAAUCGCGAAUGCUGAUCUCGUCGGUGCAAAAAGCUCACUUUCGAAGGAGACCGACGCGCGAAGUGAAGAACUGAGAGCGCAGAGGGACCGGGUGCACGAGUUGACUCAGCAGAUAGACGACUUGAAGCGAACCGUCCAAGUCUUGGAGGAGGAAACCAGCGGUGCCGAGGACAUGAAAACUAAAUUGAUCGACCUGCAGACGAAGAAUAACGAUCUUGCAAAUAAGCUCGUACAGGCGAACGAGGCCGCAUCUAGGAACGCCGAGGUCGUAGCGGAGCUGGAACGUAAGGACGAGAGGAACAGAAUAGCUCUGACUCACGGGAGCAUUAAAUAUGACGCGAUGAUAACGCAGAAGCACAGCGAUAUCGUGAAACUGCGGGACGAGAAUCAAUCGCUGCGCGAUCAGUUAAGGGAGACUGAGGUUGAACUCGCGCGGAGUAACGACACGAUAUCACUGCGAAGAGAAAGCGACAAUGCGGCCGUGAUGAAUGUCCUGCAGGCGACCCUGUCGGACUUGGACGUGGAUAAGGAGAGGCUGUUGGCGCGAGUGGACUGUCUGAAGAGCGAGAUGGCGGGUUACCGGAGUUCGGCCGCGAGCGUCGAAAGCCGAUUGCAGGCGUUAUCGCGCGGAAACGAGGCUCUGCUGGCAGAUAUAGAGACUGUAAGAAAUACCAACGAUCAGUUGUCAAGCCCUGCCGAGGAGACGAUAACGUCAUCGCUGAAGGACGCACUGUACACGCUUCCCCAAAAAAUUUACGACACGAUUCUGCGCCUCCGAACUGAAAUCGGCGAAUGUGACAAAGGGAUGAAGGGCACAACUGAACGUUGUCCAAGUGAAGAUGCUCCUGGGAUCGAGGAUGGGGAAGAAAAGCGACAGAAGAAAGUGUACGCUAAUAAGUCCUGCGAGCGGGAUAUAUUAGACCCUGUCACUCGAGAGGUAGAUUGUAAUUUUGAAGACGUUGCGCACAAGUUAAGAUUUCUCGAAGGCCAGCACGAAGGGAAACUGCAAGAAAUUAAGAAUCUGAUGGACGACGUAAAAUUGAGAGAUCGGGAAAUAAAGAGCCUUCAUGAGUGCAUCACCUAUUUGUUGCAGGAGAAGAACGAGUUGCAAGCUAAAGCCAAAUGCCAAAUGGAGGAAUAUCAGAACACAUUGACGUUACUGAAGAGAAAGUACGACAGUAGCCUGAACGCUUUUCGUAAAAGGCAUAACGAAAAUGUCGAAAGGUUACAAGCGAGAUUCGAAGACAUAAUGAAAAUCGAGAACAGCUCGUUCGACGCGGAGAGCUGGUUGCAGUCGCUGAACUUGAAGGAACUGUCGGAACUGCAUAAUCGAGUCAAUAUUUUGUGCUCCCACGCGGCCGAGAACACCGAGCCGAAUACCGCGCGUAUCGGAACCGCGAAGAAUCGCUAUAGCUGUCGCAAUAAUUCCCAGGAGCAUAGAUUACAUAAUAAAUUCACUUUGCGUGAGCGGGACACGAGGGAAAAUAGAACGUCUUUGAGGGAAACAGGCAAAGUGGAGUCUCACUCCAAAAUUCUCAAUGCUGAAAGUAACGAGAAGCCCGCUGUAACGGAAUUGUACUCUCGCGAUGUGAAGCUUAAACAGGAACGCAGAUACAACGGCACGGCCUCUGAUGAGUCCGCGACGUCUCCGGAACAAGAUCGAGACGCGUUCUCGGCGCUCAACAUCGAGGCGUUAUUUUCUACACUAUUAGAAACCGAACAAGGUAAACUGGACAAUCAAUCACCGCUGUGA